UGUUAUCUGUCCUAAGGGAUUCAUCAUUCAACUGAGAACAGUAUUGGACUAUUGGAGUCUGAGUGAUAGAGAGAGAGCCAAAGAGUGAGAUAGUGAGCUAGAGAUUGAGCAAGCAAGAAGGAAAGAAAGAUCAAAAGGAAUCUUUUCAUCAUGAAUCGUCAAGAUCAAAUGGUCCAAUUCUCUCAAUUGUACCCUGAUGCAUACACCCAAAUAGUUACCCAACAAGGUGAGUCAAAGCCAAGAAGGCGUCGAAAGAAGAACAAAGGAGGAGAAGCAAGUGAACUAGCCAAGAAGAGGAAGCUUAGCAAUGAGCAAGUGAAUCUUCUUGAGUAUUACUUCUGUAAUGAACAUAAGCUGGAGUCCCAAAGAAAAGACAGACUUGCUUCUGAACUGGGUCUUGAACCACGCCAAGUUGCUGUGUGGUUCCAAAACCGAAGGGCUCGUUGGAAGAACCAGAAAUUGGAGGAACAGUACUCAGGCUUGAAGAGAGAACACGAAACUGUUCUUAUCGAGAAAUGCCAGCUUGAAUCUGAGGUAUUGAAGCUUAAGGAGCAACUCUCAGAGGCUGAGAAAGAAAUUCAAAGGCUCUCCCAGAAUGUUGAAACGGUUCCAACUAAUAGUACAAGUUCAUCACCCUCUGUGGAAACCAUGGCUGAACCAUUUCUUGGGGAAUUUGAGAUGGAAGGAUACAAUGAAGAUUUCUACACUCCAGCAUUCAGCUAUGCUGCCAUGGAUUGGUUCAGUCAUUAUAUAUAAGCUGAUGCAAUUAAUUUAGUAGUAUUUUGUAGAUAAUGACAAUCUCUCUAAUAUGUGAAUAGGGGUUUUAUUUUGUCAACUUUUCUAGUGUUUCAGUGUAUUAUCUGACUAGAGUUUGGAAAUGUUAUUAACUUAAUUAUUAAAUAGCUUGCUUGUU